GCGCGCUGGGAGCGGCGCGGAGCGGCGGCGGCGACGGUGGCGGGCCGAGCUGAGCCGAGCUGGGCUGGGUUGGGCUGGGCAGGGCCGGGCCGGGCCGGGCCGAGCCGAGACACAGGGCCGGGCGCGGCGCUCCGCUCCGUGCGGCGCCGCCGCCGCUGCUGCUGCUGCUGCCACUUCCUGGAGUUUCGAAAAGCGAGGAGGGAAAAAAGGCAAAAAAAAAAUACAUAAAUAAAACAGCCCGGACCUUUUCUUCUUUUUCAUCUUUCUCGCUCUCUUUUUAAUUUUUUUAAUUGAAAAAAAAAAAAAAAGGGCAAACCAAAAGGAAAAAAGCGGCCCAGCAGCACUCGCGGGGAGAUGCGGUCCGGCCGGUAGAAGCGAGGACCAGCCCGCCACACAAAAGGGCACCGCACCGCACCGCACCGCCGCGGGGCAGCCGCCCUCCCCGCCCGGGCGCUCCGCUCGGCGCCGGGAGAGCCGCCGGCAGCAGUAAAAGUUUGCAGGAGAGGAGGAAACUGCCGCCGGGGAUCUCUGGCGGAGCGCGGUCCGGUGGAGGGGCUUUCCCCGCCCUCCUCCUCCUUUUCCUCCUCCUCACCCACCGCUGCACGGGGCUCGCAGCCCGCAGGAGCCCGCGAAGCGGCGGCGCUCGGGAGAGCCGGUCGGCGCCGCCCGCUGACCGCCCCCGGGGGAUGUGGCAGCGGCCCCUGCGCGCCGCGGUCGCCGCCGUCGCCGCCGCGCCUCGCUGCUGCCGGCGGUGCCCCGCCAGCCCCGGGGCGGCGGGGCCGGGGCGUCCCUGCCCGCCGUCGUCGUCCUCGUCGCCGCCGCUGCGCCUGCAGUCUUGAUCCCCGCCGCUCCGGCCGCCAGCGCCCCCCGAAGCGGCGUGGAUGAUCCGCGACCUGAGCAAGAUGUACCCGCAGACUCGGCAUCCGGCUCCUCACCAGCCAGCGCAGCCCUUUAAAUUCACCAUUUCCGAGUCCUGCGAUCGGAUUAAGGAGGAGUUUCAGUUUUUGCAGGCUCAGUACCACAGUUUAAAGCUAGAAUGUGAAAAACUGGCCAGUGAGAAGACAGAGAUGCAGCGACAUUAUGUCAUGUAUUACGAGAUGUCCUAUGGGCUGAAUAUAGAGAUGCAUAAACAGGCAGAAAUUGUCAAGAGGCUGAAUGCUAUAUGUGCGCAAGUCAUUCCCUUCCUGUCCCAAGAGCACCAGCAACAAGUGGUGCAGGCUGUGGAGCGUGCCAAGCAAGUGACCAUGGCAGAACUGAACGCAAUCAUUGGGCAGCAACAACUCCAGGCCCAGCAUUUGUCACAUGGACAUGGUCUUCCCGUGCCGCUCACUCCGCACCCCUCGGGCUUGCAGCCUCCAGCCAUCCCACCCAUUGGCAGCAGCGCUGGUCUCCUGGCACUCUCCAGUGCGCUGGGGGGACAGUCGCACCUCCCAAUUAAAGACGAGAAGAAGCACCAUGAUAACGAUCACCAAAGAGACAGAGACUCCAUCAAGAGCUCUUCUGUAUCUCCCUCAGCCAGUUUCAGAACAGCAGAAAAGCACAGAAAUUCAACAGAUUAUUCUUCAGAUAGUAAAAAACAGAAAACAGAAGAGAAGGAAAUAGCAGCUCGUUAUGACAGUGAUGCUGAAAAGAGUGAUGACAACUUGGUAGUUGAUGUUUCCAAUGAGGAUCCUUCCUCUCCCCGGGGGAGCCCAGCACACUCUCCACGGGAGAAUGGCUUGGACAAGACUCGACUGCUGAAGAAAGAUGCACCAAUUAGUCCAGCGUCUAUUGCAUCCUCCAGCAGCACUCCUUCCUCCAAAUCCAAAGAACUUAGCCUUAAUGAGAAAUCUACCACUCCUGUGUCUAAAUCAAAUACCCCAACUCCACGGACUGAUGCUCCAACUCCAGGCAGCAACUCCACUCCCGGACUGAGGCCGGUGCCUGGCAAACCCCCAGGUGUGGACCCGCUAGCUUCAGGUUUAAGGACACCUAUGGCAGUGCCAUGUCCUUAUCCUACUCCUUUUGGGAUUGUGCCGCAUGCUGGUAUGAAUGGGGAGCUGACCAGCCCUGGAGCUGCCUACGCCGGUCUACACAAUAUUUCCCCUCAAAUGAGUGCAGCAGCUGCAGCAGCAGCAGCUGCAGCAGCUUACGGGAGAUCUCCGGUGGUUGGUUUUGAUCCACAUCAUCACAUGCGAGUCCCAGGCAUCCCUCCCAAUCUCACAGGCAUCCCAGGAGGAAAACCAGCAUACUCAUUUCACGUAAGUGCAGAUGGUCAGAUGCAGCCAGUUCCUUUCCCUCCUGAUGCCCUCAUCGGUCCAGGAAUCCCUCGCCAUGCCCGUCAGAUCAACACUCUGAACCACGGAGAAGUGGUGUGUGCAGUUACCAUCAGCAACCCCACGAGACACGUGUACACGGGUGGGAAGGGGUGCGUCAAAGUCUGGGACAUCAGCCACCCUGGCAACAAGAGCCCUGUGUCUCAGCUGGACUGCCUGAACAGAGAUAACUACAUCCGUUCCUGCAGAUUGCUCCCCGACGGCCGCACCCUAAUUGUUGGUGGGGAAGCCAGCACGUUAUCCAUUUGGGACCUGGCAGCUCCAACCCCGCGCAUCAAAGCAGAGCUGACAUCUUCAGCUCCAGCUUGCUAUGCCCUGGCUAUCAGCCCUGAUUCCAAGGUUUGCUUCUCCUGCUGUAGCGAUGGGAACAUCGCAGUGUGGGAUCUCCAUAACCAGACUUUAGUAAGGCAAUUUCAGGGCCACACGGAUGGAGCAAGCUGUAUUGACAUUUCUAAUGAUGGCACCAAACUAUGGACAGGAGGCUUGGACAAUACAGUCAGAUCCUGGGAUCUCAGAGAAGGGCGGCAGCUACAGCAACAUGACUUCACAUCACAGAUCUUCUCACUGGGCUACUGUCCAACUGGUGAGUGGUUGGCAGUGGGAAUGGAAAACAGCAAUGUCGAGGUGCUGCACGUUACUAAGCCGGACAAGUACCAGCUGCAUCUUCAUGAAAGCUGUGUGUUGUCACUCAAAUUUGCUCACUGUGGCAAAUGGUUUGUAAGCACUGGAAAAGAUAAUCUUCUUAAUGCCUGGAGAACACCUUAUGGAGCCAGUAUAUUCCAGUCCAAAGAAUCCUCAUCUGUGCUUAGCUGUGAUAUCUCUGUGGAUGACAAAUACAUUGUCACUGGCUCUGGGGACAAGAAAGCUACAGUCUAUGAAGUUAUUUAUUAGAGACAAAUCUGAAUGCAGACAGAACUCCUUCUCCUAGCACUUUGCUGUAUAUUCCUUUUUUCGGUUUCUAAACUGAGAACUUAAAUGCUCAUCACAGUUGUGGAAUUUAUUUUUACCUUCUUAACUUGCUAUUGAUUUGUGAAUGCUCAUUAAGAACUUGUGAUACCAAAUUGUCAGAUAGCUACUUGGCAGAAGAUGGAAUAAGCAUACUUACCAGUAAACUUGACUCUUUAAUUAUGUAUUAUAGCUGUAAUGUAUUUAUUUUGUUUAAAGAAGGCUUUCUAACAAUGAACUGACUAAAUAAAGCUGUCUGGCCCGGCUUUAGUUUGAAAGAUGCAUUGUAUACUUUGUGUUUUUACAGACGGAUAAAUUGGGGAUCUUGGAGAAGGAUGUUCAAGAGAUAGUUAAAGUUACACUAGAUAGACUUGUAGUUUCUAUUUAAAAGAAAAAGAAAAGAAAAAAAAAAAAACACAACAAACCACACACUUUGUUAUAUUUUUUAGUCCUGUUCUUGGAUGAGACCUCUAAGUGUUAUUACAGUAUAAUUAUUUGGUGGGAAGAUGCUGUAUCUUAACUAUUUUAGACAGUCUUGGAAACUUAGGAAGUUGCAAACUGUAGCCAGUAAUCUACAUGCCUGUGAUGAAUGGCAAAUUCAGUUCACAUCUAAAUUAAAUUCACUUUAAGUAAGAAUGUGCUGAUUUAUAUAUUUGCAAUGUUAAUAUAGCAUCUUGUGUACAGAUUUGUUCUCAAUGCUUUUCUGUUGAUAAACAUAAAGCAUUUUGGUGUCAAGCUAGGUUUUUUAAUAUAAACACCUCUCUUUGUUAUAUUGUAGAGAGUACAAUAAGUUGCCUCAAAGAGUCACCUUUGUUACUUCUGGAAACUUUUGCAAUGUUUCCUUGAAAAUGGGGAUAUGUGUCUUUGGGCAAUUUUUCAAUUACAAGAGAUUAUGAAAAUUAUUUGAUAUGUUCUUUGGAAACUGCACUGAAAUAAGGAUGGAUGCCUACCAAUAUACAAACUACAAAAGCAAUGACCUCCAAGGUAGGAUUUACAAGAGUACUCAUUCCGACAUGCUAAAAGGAAUGGAUUCUUAUUGGGAUGAGGACUUGCUUUGUUCGCCAGCAGUUCAAUCCAAGUCUUGAUUGGAUGUCUCUAAAACGGACGCAGACUGAGCCAUUGUGCCAGAGACAACGUGUUAUCUUUUUAUGUUGUUGUUGUUGCUGUUAAACUAUGACCUGUGACUUUUUUUUUUUUGAAUGCUUUAAAAAAAAAAAAAUCUUUAAGUCUGUGGAUCUGCUGAUGUACAGUGCCUUUGCUGCUAUGGAUCAAAAUCAAAAGACCCGUGUAGAUAAAUCUUAUUGUAUAAGUAGAAAAUUACUUAAUUUCAUACUAGAAAUGGAUUGAUGCUGCAAGUUAAAAUGGACUGUUCAUUGAAGUUCCAAAUGUGGUAGCAAAAAAUGGUGUCUUAAGUGCUUAGUGUUUGAUGUCAUUAACAGUUUCGUAAUACUCUACAUUGUAGAAAGAUUUUGAUACUAAACUGUGUCAUUGUACAUAGUUCUAAUGCAUUGUAUUGACCACAAGUACUUCUAUAUGGUAGAUUAUUGUUUGUGCAUUCAGACUUUUAAGCAUUAAACAUAAGUAACUUCUAA